AGGAAUCAAAGUCGAUUUGGUGCGCAGAUUUGUUUGCUUUAAAGUUUACAGAGAUGAAGCUUAGUCAGUUAAUUGCGGGCUGUGUUGUCCUAUUUUUACUCUGGGAAUCAGGCACAGCUGCAAGGGAAAUUCAUAUUUCACCGUCUGGGAACGAUUCGUCAGACUGCACCAGUAUCGAACCAUGCAAAACACUGGAUCAUGGCCUCUCCAUCGCUUUAAAGUCCAACUCGGCACAGUUAAUGCUGAUUGAAGGAAAUUAUUCACUUAAUGAGCCCUACAGUUUUGUAAAUAUGAAUACGUUUGGUCUUCAUGGAACCGGUGACGUGAAAAUAACGUGUGGCAAUGCAAAUGUCAGUCUAUCGUUCUUAUUAAGCAAUAAUAUCAGUAUCGAGCGCGUCACGCUACAGAAAUGUGGUGGAUGGCAUACGAGCACAUAUACUCUACACAAAUAUUUUCCCAAACUUCAAGGAGCCCUCUUCAAGACUGCUUUGUAUUUUCGAUAUUGUAGAAAUCUUCGAGUCUCUGAUGUGGAAAUCUCACACUCUCCAGGACUAGGCGCAAAUUUGUACGAUGUUGGAGGAGUCGUCAACGUUACCAACAGUGUGUUCGCUAAUAACUCGGGCUUAUAUGAUCACGCUAUUGGCAUAAAAAGUGAGUUGGUUUAUUCAGGGGGCGGUAUUUUCUUAAUGCUGAACCCGUACAUCAAUAAUACUUUGAACGUCUCUUCAGAGGAACACGAUACUUAUCAACACAACAAUCAGUAUCUGUUUUCAAAUUGUCACUUUCUCAGAAACGUAGCGCAGUGGUUCGGCGAAGAAAAUCAAGAACUUUAUACACCGGCUCGUCCAUUUACUUUAGGAGGAGGAUUAGCAGUGUUCUUUGAGUCAAAUGCCAGCAGCUGCAGCGUAAAAAUCCAAGGAUGUACAUUCAGGAAUAAUAAUGCCUCAUGGGGAGGUGGACUUCAAGUCGAAUUUACAAAUUUCUCAGAAAACAAUAGAUUGUUGAUCGAGAGCACUAUUUUUAGCGAUAAUUUCGCAGCUUCCUCUGGUGGAGGUGCUCGUAUCGGAAACCAAGCACGUAAAUCAGGUGUUCCACUUACCCCGAAUCGUUUUUAUUUUAUUAACUGCUCGUUCAUAAGAAACAGUGCUUUUUGGGGUGGCGGUGCAUCAAUUUUCGGGACCACUAUUGUUAGUGCCACUAAGAACACCGUGGGAAGGAAUGCUAAUAUUCAGUUCCACUUCAGUGAUUGUCAAUGGCAAUGCAAUAAUGGAAGUGUGGGAGCCGCCAUGGCAAUCUAUCUUUACAAUAACAAUGAAGAUCAACUUGGACCGGAGGUUCCAUUUCAUGUCCAAUUUGAUAACGGAACGUUGUUUGAAUCUAAUGGAGUUCAUGUCCAUAAUCAGACCAUCACCGUCGGACAAGGAUCCCUGUACAGUUCGCAAGUACCACUCAUCUUUAAAAACUUUACAAAGUUCUCGGCCAACCAAAAGUCUGCAUUACUAAUAGAAGGAUCUUUCAUUGACGUUCACGAUCAAUUGGAGUUUAUCAACAACACUGGUUUUAGAGGGGGUGCCAUAGCCAUGUAUGGAAGGUCAAGAAUUAUUUUCUAUCCAAAGGCCAAUGUAAACUUUGAAGGAAACACUUGUGAUGAUAAGGGUGGUGCACUUUACAUCCAAACCCCAGGACCUCCGCUGGUAAGCUUCCACCAAACUGGUACCAACAUUUUCACUUGUUUCUUUGGAUAUAUGAAUGAGGAAUCUGACGUGGACUAUGAGAAAUGGGAUAUAAAUGUCACCUUCAAGGAAAACAAGUGCAGUGUUCGCUAUUCUAGCCAAUGCAAAGGGAAAUCCGUCUACGCCGCAACGCUAAAAACCUGCUAUCAAGUGGGCGAAAAUCGUACAAAUAACAGCGUGCUAAAAUGGAAGUUUGUAAAAUUUGAUACCAAGGUAUCAUCAGAGGUUUCAACGGAUCCUGUAGAAUUAAAGUUUAAUAAAAGCAACUGGAAUGUCGCCCCAGGUGAAUGGUUCGAUGCAGAUGUCAAACUAUUAGACGAGCUUAAUAAUACUGUCCAAGGAAUUAUUCUUGUUACUAUCAGUAAUGUUUCCCACGGAAAAGUUACUAUUUACAAUCAGCCUUCCUGUUCGUUUCUAACAGAUUAUGAAGGAAAAAUCAGACGUAUUUACCUAAAUGGACACGAAGGAAGUAGGUUCUCACUGCAUCUAAACUGUGUCGGAAGUCAGCUUCUGCGUUAUGUGAUAAACAAUGUCACGUUACGAAACUGCUAUGACGGAUUCGUGUUUUCGAAUACAACGUGUCUAUGUAACUGUAUUAAACGAUCAGGAAAGGGUGACAGAGGUAUUUCGAGAUGUGCAAACGGGACGACCGUUUUUAUUAAGCGAGGAUUCUGGGCUGGAUUCGCUGAUAAAAACAACAGAACUAAAUUUUCAACCUUUAUCUGUCCUGAAGGCUAUUGUAAUAAAACGUUAGUUUGGAAUCCCAAUGCAACUGACUAUAAGUACGUGAAUAACAACGUGUGUACGAAAGGAAGAGAUCAAAGCAGUGUACUCUGUGGAGAGUGCGAUAAAAAUUCCGGUGUUGGCAUUGGAAAUGAACAGUGUUUAGAUAAUUGCUCUAAUUGGUACUUGUUUCUCAUAAUUCCGUAUGGUUUGGGCUUCCUCCUUGUCGUUGCCAUCAUCAUGCUCAUCGAUCUCGAUGUUUUCACGGGAUAUUUCAAUGCCUGGCUUUACUCUUACCAAGUCAUGAAUCUUUUGGUGCCAGAUGACGUCCAAUUCCACCCUGUUAGCCAAUUUUUGAUUAAUCUUAGCAACAUUCGCAUCCAGGUCCCAAACCACAGCUUUUGCUUUGCUGCUAGUAUCGACGAUUUAGACAAGCUAAUGAUAAUGUACGCCAUUCCAGUGUACGUGAUACUGGUUGUGAUAAUAUUAGCGAAGCUGAUCGGUGCAUACCCCCAAUGGUGUUUCAGCAGACGGGUCAGAGCCCCUUUCCGUGGUAUCUGCACCAUCUUUGUACUUUGUUAUACAGAUAUCACCAGUAUUUCCCUCAAGAUCCUUCGCUAUGCUAACAUUGGAUCAAAAACUGUGGUUUACGCCAAGGGUAGCCUCGAUUACUUCAGAGACAAACAUCUCGGUUAUGGAAUAGUUGCCAUACUGUUCAUAUUGCUAUUUGUUAUACCAUUCCCGAUGAUUCUUUUAUUUCGCAAAGGCCUGACUAAAGGUCUUCGUCCUGUCUUGAAUAUCAACCGCUGGAAUCCGUUUUUCGAUGCUCUUCAGAACUGUUUCAAAGAUCAGUACCGUUGGUGUGCCGCAUUCUACUUCAUUUGCCGUCUUGUUAUUCUGGUUAUCUACACGAUGAUGACUCCGGGUCCAGCCAAAAGGCUUCUAUUGGAAGGUGUCUGCAUUUUGAUUGUUCUAAUCUUUGCAUUCCUCAAGCCCUACAAGGACGCCUCUGACGUGGAGGAGGAAGAAGAAAAUUAUGAGUGGAUGAACAGAUCCGAUGUUGUUCUGCUUACUACUCUUGUGUUUAUUGCUGUGAUCAGUUCCCCUCUUGAUUACAGUGGUUCUACUACCAAAAAGGAGAUAGAAGUCCUCACGACAUUGCUCAACAUUCUGUCAUUUGUUCCAGUUGUAGUCUUGCUAGUAGUAGGUACUACUUUUGCUUGGAAACACCUAUGCCACGGUGAACCUGAAGUCGAAUUACCACCGAUGACCUCCACAGACAGUAGGGAAGCAACCCCAGUGCACACACCUGAAUCAUCUCUGACCCAACGUGGCAGCGGAGUCAGCCGAAACACGAGCACGGAACACAGCAGUCUGCUCGACAGGAGGGCCCAUAAACCUUUGGCUCGAUAUGGCAGCCGAAACAGCCGCAGCAGUUAUCAAACUGCGGAAGAAUGAACAAACAUGGUAUAAACUGACAUGUUCACCAAACUGAAGAUGGACCAAUGUACGGUGAAUUACUAUAAAUUGAACAUUUUAACUCCUCGUUUCCCAUUCAAAUUAGUUCUUAUUGCAUCAGCUUAACAUCUAAAGCUUUCAGAGAAGAUUAUUUGGCAAUUACGCCAAGAUAUUUGUUUUAAAAAAAUUGAUGUCAAGUCUGAGCAAUCAGCUUUUUUAUAACAAUUCAAGACAUUUAUUUGGCUUGAUUUCUAAUCGUUAACCCGUGCUUAGUCUUUUGUUAGAAGAGAAAGCAGCAAAGCAUUCGCGUGCCAGCCUUAAGCUAGCCCGUUUUUCCGCACCGACUAAGAGCCUGAAAUACGCAGUCUCUCAAUAACAGUAGGCUCACACCACAUCGCAGAAAAGUCACGCGAAUGAAAAAUCAAGAGAAGAAUUUUUAAAGGGCUGUAGUUUAAAAAAAUAGUAGCGCUGCAAUGUUGUUGAUGUUCAUAAAUUGACCAAAUGUUUGUUUGGCUUUUUUUGUUAAUUGUAAAGUUUUCCAUAAAUUGACUUACGUAAAUAUUGUCAUUGACAAUGAAAAGGAUGUCAAGAUUAACAAGAUUUUCCGCCUCCUAGAAAACCGCUAAAUCGCAUUAGUAUCCAACUGCACAUACUAGAGUACAAAUAACGCGUGAAUCGAGUUCAAAUAUCACGCGAUAUUUAGAAAGUUGGUUAUUUUGUACUGUGGAAAAACCUGUUUGACUAGUCGGCUGGGCGUGCCUCGCCUCUCUGUCUGCUUCGCUUCUUCCAACUUAUAAGAAAUGCAUAUGAAGUAAAGC